AAAAAAUUUUUAAUUUGUUGAGUAAAAAUUAGAUAUCACUUUAACACCAGACUGAGCACCUUAUUUAGCACCUGAUAUUUCACCUGAUAUUGCACAAAUGUUAACAAAGCCUGUAAACAAGAAGUGUAUAAAGAUCUGUAUUAAAUAGUAAAAAACAGAGUUUAUCAAGGUAAGACUUUAAAGAAAUAAUGUAUGCUCCUCUUAACCAAACAGAACUGUGCUCAGUACAUUUCAGUAUCACUUUAUUUGGAGAAUAAUGGAAUAUUGUGGAUUAAGUGAAUUUCGUGAAGUUAAAAGGAGUUAAUUCAUACCAGACAAGUGAAGUAAGGCACUAUUUGUUCAGUAAUAAAAAGAACUGGGUACAUGGCACUAUGUGGGACAGUGUUGAUUUGAUCAGUUGGUUAAUCUGACACUGUCAGUCCAGUGACUCUAAGGAAACUCGAUGGAUCUUGGUCAUUAGUUAUUUCAUACCUGUGACUGUGUCUGAAUGUCUCAUUAUGAUUAUGCAAUGAGUGACACAUUGUUUAAUUUUUUCCUUGUUUUCACAUUUGAGUUUACGAAGUCUGUACAAUAGAUUCUGCCGCUUUCAUGUUAGACACUCAUUUACAUACACACUUUACUUCAGUGCUUGCCAGUAGCUUACAGCUUGCUGUUUUACAAAAUGAUGAAACAUCUUGAACCAAUUGGUAUAUGAAUGAUGAAAUUGUGUUUCAGGUGCUGAGUAAUGCCUCCAUUAUGAAUGCUGUGGGCUGCUGUGGGCUCCAAUUGUAUCACUUUGGAGAGACUGUGUCUAUUCCAUUCUGGCAGGAUGGCUGGGAACCUGUCAGCUUCUGUGAUAAGAUUAACAAAAAUCUACGGAAAAAACUUCACACACUCUGUUUAUUAGAUAUUAAGGUAAAGGAGCAGAGUUUAGAGAACUUGCUGAGGGGAAGAAAAAUCUUUGAGCCACCACGAUACAUGCGUGUCCAUCAAGCAGCACAGCAAAUCUUGAGUGUACUUCAGAGACACAACACUGGUUCUUCAGAGAGUAGCAAGGGCCCUGGAAGUGACAGUGAAUGGCUCUUGACGGAGAACACUCAUUGUGUUGGCAUUGUGAGAGUUGGGACGAGCUCACAGUGUAUUAUGAGGGGAAGUUUAAAAGAAUUGGCAGAUUCUGAUAUGGGUGAGCCACUCCACUCUUUAAUUGUGUGUGGGGAGUGUCAUCCAAUGGAAGAGGAAGCCUUAACCAAGUUGGCAGCCUACUACAAUGGAUACCAGACCGAGUACUGUAACUCGACUGGAAAACGAGGAGUUUUUCAUAUAGUUGGACUUGGACUUGGCCAGCCAGAUGAUGUGACAUUAAAAGGCCUUGACAUCAUUAGAAAGUCAUCAUGGGUGUACCUGGAAGGGUACACAUCUGUCAUGGCAGGUGGUGUUGAGGCAAUGGAAGCACUGUUUUGCAGGAAGAUUAUUGUUGCGGACAGAGAAAUGGUGGAGCAAAAUUCAGAAGAGAUCCUACAUAGUACUCAAGAUGGAGACGUUGCAUUUUUGGUCAUUGGGGACCCAUUUAGUGCAACAACCCACACAGAUCUUGUGGUACGUGCAUUAGAUAAAAACAUUCCCAUUAAUAUUGUACACAAUGCCUCGAUUUUGAAUGCUGCUGGUUGUUGUGGGCUGCAGCUUUAUUCUUUUGGAGAGAUGGUGUCUAUACCGUUUUGGCAAGAUGGUUGGCAGCCAGAUAGUUAUUAUGAUAAAAUUUGCAGUAAUCUGGAAAAUGGCUGGCACACCUUGUGCUUGUUAGAUAUUAAGGUUAAAGAACAGUCUGUGGAAAAUAUGGUCAAGGGUCAAAAGAUAUAUGAUCCCCCAAGGUUCAUGACAGUAUCACAGGCUGCCACACAGAUACUUAAUGUCAUAAGGAAUAGGGCAGAAGAAGGAAGGCCAACUCCUCUAACCCCAGAUCAGUUAGUAAUAGGGAUGGCCAGGAUAGGCACUAGGACACAGCAGCUGAAAGCUUGUACAUUGGAGGAGAUGGCUGAAAUUAACCUUGGUGACCCCUUACACACACUUGUAAUAGUUGGGGAAACUCAUCCAAUGGAAGAUGAAUAUGUUGACAUGUACCGGUCCUAGGGACAAACACUUAGCUGUUGAUCAUGGAAUUGUGAUUAGGUUACAUAGAGGAAUUAUCCUUUAAUGCACAGAUCACAAAUGUUUUAUCCAUUUCCUGUACAAGAUGUAGAGAGAGAGUGAUGUGCAUAUGACAAGUAGUUCUUUAGUUUUGCAUUUGUACAGU